AAAUUAAAGUUUUUAUUUUUCCUGAACAGCGUCCUUUGCUUGGCAAACGUUUUCAUUUAAUUUAUUUCAUAAAUUUGUGUCAAUAUGUCGAUCGGUGUUCCAAUUAAGGUGCUUCAUGAAGCGGAAGGCCAUAUUGUAACCUGCGAGACAAUCACUGGUGAAGUCUACAGAGGAAAACUUAUAGAAGCCGAAGACAACAUGAACUGCCAAAUGACGCAGCUGACCGUAACCUAUCGCGAUGGGAGGACAUCUAAUCUCGAGAAUGUGUACAUUCGAGGAUCCAAGAUUCGGUUCAUGAUUCUGCCGGAUAUGUUGAAAAAUGCUCCUAUGUUUAAAAAGCAGGGAGCGAAAGCUGGUACGGCUGGAAGAGGAAAAUCGGCGAUUUUACGAGCACAAGCGGCUAGAGGACGUGGUCGUGGGGGCGGUGGUGGUGGAGGUGGCGGUGGAGGUCCGGGCAACCGUCAACAAGGCAAAGGAAACUGGCAAGGCCAAGGUCCUUCUGGCGGCAGAGGAAGAGGUGGAUUGUAAUGUUAAGUC